GAAGUCUCUAUGGUUUCCCUGAAAGGCGCGCUGCGGAAGCGCCUGUUCCUCGUGCUUCCGGUUGAUAUCUGCGGCUGGAGCAGUGUCAAAGACAAAUACUUGAAUGUGUGAUGGAUCCUGUGAGGGCUCAGCAGCUGGCGGCUGAGUUGGAAGUGGAGAUGAUGGCUGAUAUGUACAACAGAAUGACCAAUGCCUGCCAUCGCAAAUGCGUCCCUCCACACUACAAGGAGGCUGAGCUGUCCAAGGGAGAGUCUGUGUGCCUGGAUCGCUGCGUCUCCAAGUAUUUGGACAUCCAUGAGCGCAUGGGCAAGAAGCUGACGGAGCUCUCGAUGCAGGAUGAGGAGCUGAUGAAGAGGAUGCAGCAGGGGGCUGGGCCGGCGUAGCACAAAUAAACACAAACACACACUUUGGAUAAUGGACAACAUGCCCAUGUGCUUACCACCCCCUUUCCCCUACUUUGUGCCUGGACUCUGUUGAUCCCUCCUUUUGCCAAUAAAAUGUUGAACAUUGUGUUAUCUGUUAACGACCAGG